AUGGUUCGAGUUACCAGAAGCAAGUUGGCGAGAGACAACCAACCGAUUAUUGCAACAAAUGAUUCUGAAGAAGCUGAUAACGAAGCAAAUUUAACUAUUAAGGUAGAAUCGGGUAAUCGACAAACACGCUUACAACCCUUUGAGGUUGAAGCUGUGGGAAUUACUGAGGCAAUUGAGGGAAGACCUAUAGCAAAACUUUUUAACACUUUACCUGAUAGAAAACGUUAUCCUGAUUAUUAUGAAGAGGAAACCAAUUUCUUUGGAUAUCAUAAAGAUGAUCAUGAAUUAGAAGCAGAUUUAGAAUUAAUGUUUAAGAAUGCAAAAAAAUAUAAUGUUGAAGGGUCUCAGAUAUAUAAUGAUGCAGUUGAAUUGCAGAUGUUAUCGCUUGAACUAUUUGGUGGAGAUCCAAAUGAUGCGACCAACGCGGAUAGACAAACACAGGUUUAUCAUGAAGAAAUAGAGCACAAGGGUGAAAUGUAUAGAAUUGGGGAAUAUGUACAUAUCUAUAAUGAACGUAAUCCGAAAAAACCAAAUGUCGGACUUAUUUUUAAUAUCUGGAAAAAUGAAAGAAUAUGUUGGUAUUAUCAUCCAGAACAAACAAAACAUCAGGCCAGUAAGAAAUUUUAUAGUUGUGAAGUCUUCAAAACAAAUACAUUUCAAGAUCAUUCAAUUAAUGAUGUUCUUGAGAAAUGUUUUGUUUUGCCGAUUAGAGAAUAUAUCGUGGGAAAACCUAAAAAUAGCGAAGGUAAAAUGGUCUACCUUUGCGAAUCUAGAUAUACAGAACAUGGAAAUACUUUUAGUAAAAUUAGAAAUUGGCUUGGAUGUAUGCCAAAAGAUUCUAAACUUGUAAAAACGGAAUUGGAAAAAUAUGAUUCACCUUUAAUUCUAAGAAAAGUUGGAAGCCCAUUAGCUGCAGCUAUGCAAUCAUCUAAUAGUAAUAAGAUGGAAGAAGAUAUUCAACAAAUGACUACAUCAUCCGAUUUUGAAUUCGAGUUAGUAGAUUCAGUAAAUUCAUCAGGAUCUGAAUCGACAUUUAUCUCACAAUCUAAAAAUAACACGACUAUUCCUAAUUCACUCUCGUCUAAUAUAUCUAAUCAUAGAUUAAUAUCUUCUAGAACCAGAAAUGUUAAACAAAGACAACAAUCUGUCACAAGUCCAAACAAUCAAGUAGAUUUAAAUCCUUUAAUGGUACCAAGAAUGGCCACAAUAAAUCCUAUGAUGUAUGGUGAUUCAGGAAUGUUACCUAAUUAUGGUUAUCCUUAUCAAACUCAUUAUCAACAUCCUCAACAUAUAAUUAUGUCACCUCAAUAUACACAACAUUAUCCAAUGAUGACUACGUCACAGGUUCCACAAGUUCAACAUCACAUGUCAAUACAAACGAAUGAUUCUUCAUCGGGUUCUACUAUCUCACAAAACAUAUCUAAAGUUCCAACAAGUAAGUGUUCAAUUGCUGAACUCCCUUCAGAAACAGUACUUUGGUUCACGACUCCACCAAUAGAUGUUACUCCAUUACCACAACCAAUGCAUUCAAUUGAAUAUCUUCAUCGAAAGGAAGAAAUUCAUGAACGCAAGAGACAAAGAUUGCAAGAAGAAAUGUCUAACAAUGAGACUCGACCAGAAAAUGUACCAAUAAUACCUGAAUCCAAUUCACUUCAAGAAUCUGAUCUAUCGUAUACGAUUCAAGAAAUAGCAAAUAAGUGGAAUGAAGAUGCCAUUUCACUUAGUAUGCAACUUUGGAAUGGUGAAGGUUCUUGGGAUAAAUAA